GGCAUUUUACUGCGAAGUGACGAUCUAAGGAUCCGUCGUUUCAAAAUCUGAAAAAGUUGGGCCUGAGGCGCCCUUCAUAUUUUCGCUUUCAACGCAUGUCUUUGCAUUUAUUUAAAAUAAAAUAAAUCGGAAACAUAGAGAAGUGAGACUGUGAGAGGGAGACAAUGGUGGAUACGAAGUUUGCGUGGUUGUUGGAGAAUUUGAAGGUACAGGAUCCAUGGCUUCCCCCAAGCACAUGGGAAUCGAUACCUUGUGAAAGUGGACUUUGCUCUUCGCCUUCUUCUAAAUUGAGCCAACCUCUCCAUCACCUCUCCACUCUCUCUGAAUCAAGUUUGGUGAGGUUGGUGAUGAAUGCUAUGCAAGGGGCAAAAUCAUCCCUUGUUAGUAUUCAAAAGCUAUCUUCCAUCUUUUGUUCUGAUCCAGCUGACAGGACCUCCCUCCAGAUUCCGAAUCUCUGGAAUCGAGCUUCCAGCACUCAUUCUUUGGGAAAUAUACUUAAAGCUAUAGGUUGCACCGGGUCUCUAGUUUUUCUUCUCCGUACAUUUGUAGAUUAUUUUACAAAUUUGAAUGUCGACAACAGUUUUGGACUUGGUCAUGAUAAAUCUGAUGUUCGUCAAAGUGAAAUUCAUCAAGAGGACAGAGUAAGAGUGGAAGAGUUCCCUCCCUUCAGUCUUGUUAAUCAAGCCUUUGCUGUUGCUGUGGGAAAAGUCUUGGAAGGGUACAUCUGUGGAUUGGACACAAUUCAUGCAUCUGUAUUUUUAAGGCGUUCAUCAAAACAUGUGGAUUUGCCGGUAUCUGGCUGUUUGAAGAAUGUAGUGCAUUCUGAAAUUACACUGCUUGAAUUUUACCUGCAUACGAAAGAACUAAGGACUCAGAUUGAGGCACUUGCAAGCAUAUGUAACGUACAAAAGUGGGCUCUUCGCUUUUCAGAUACUGCCUUUGAGGACCUGAUUACUGAAGCUACUUCUGAAUUCCGUAACUUCUGCAGAGGGGGGAAUUUAUUAACAUUUUUGUUUGCACAAUUACAGGUUGCUGAUCCUGCUCACUGCACUCUGCUCAAGUUUCUCUUUCUUCAGUCAUGUGAACCAUAUUGUGGGUUCAUUAGGUCAUGGAUUUUCAAAGCAGAAAUACAUGACCCAUAUAAGGAGUUUAUUGUGGAAAAUGUGGAGUGUUUACUUCCUAAGUCACAUGUUAAAGCUGGAUAUUCUGUUGAAUUCCCAUUGGCAAGUGUCAAGGUGCGAGAUGGAGUUCCCAUUCCUGGAUUUCUCAAAGACUUCUUGGUUCCUCUUGUGAGGGCUGGUCAGCAACUUCAAGUGCUGUUGAAAUUGCUUGAACUGUGCAUUCAUGUUGCUGCUGGAGAACGUAGUUCUGAUGAAUUUCUACCCUGCUGGAGUGGCUUUUCAAGUAAUAGUCUGUCUUAUUCUUCUUCAUUGACUUUCAGCAAAGAUGUUAUAGAAGCCACGGUGCUUGCAAGAAAAAAAUAUUAUAAAAGGAUGAAUGAAAAAAUUGAAAGCCUUUUGAGCAGCUUAGAAGUUAGAUAUCAGCAGGUAGCUACGCAUGCUUCAGUACCUUCCUUUGAUAAUGAUGGAGGUACUUUAGACAAACUGGGCCAGAUCAUGUCAGAAGACAAAUCCACUGGUUGCCCUGCAGCAGAUAAAAAAAGUUUAAAUAUGGUCAUUGAUAAUUUGGGCUCUGAUGUCUCAAGUACAAUAGACGAGUUCACUUUGCUGGAAGAUAUGUGUGGUUUAUCUGAAAGUUCAUCCUCAAACAGCUCUGAGGAGCAAUUGGACUGUGAUCAGCUUAGUGGCUGGUCCUGUUCAGUAGUUGGGCAACAAAAUCAUUUAUCUGCUUUAAGCUUCAUGAAGAGUACAACCUUAAAUAAUUCAAUUCAAAAUUCCUGUCGUCAUGAAAAGUCAGGCAGUGAUUCACAUGUAAUCUGUGAUAAAACAGAUGCCAUUGAUCAUUUGGUGGAGUCCUUCAAUGAUGAAGUGAUAUUGAGUCACAUGUCUAAUCCUCCAAGUCCAAGGAAUUCAAGCUGCUCUAAACUCAGUAUGCAGUAUAGGGAGAGUUUGAUUGACAGUUGUUCAGCAAUGGGCCACUUAUUGAGAAAUUCAUUUGGUAAUGAUGGAACUGUUGAGCAUAAGGUGACUGAAAAGCACCUGGGAUACCUGAGAUAUUCUAUGUCAUGCCAUGAUGUUAUUAAUAUUAGCGACACUUCAAAUGGGGAGGCCACAAGUGAGAAUCAACUAGACAAUAUUACACUUGCUUCAAAUUUGUAUGGUUUUCAACCACAGAUAAACAGCCAUCAGUGUAAUCAACCCAACAUUAAUCCCCUUAGUAUGAACCCUAUGUUGACAAGAAUUUCAUUUCUUCACUUGAUGGGUAGAAAUGAGGAAAAAUACAAAGCAGAUCGUGAACAACCCUUGCCUUACUUCAAUUUUUCUGCUGUAGAGGACCCUUGUAAGGUUUAUAUGGACAAGUUACCCAUCAACUCCAGAUGUAGAAGUGCAUCUUCAUUUAUACUAGACAGUAGGGCAUCGGUUUGUGAUGAUAAGAAUAAUGAAUAUGGAGAAUUUGUCCAUGGUAGAGAGGAUGGGUUGGCUGAUGCUCCCAAAUUAUGUUCAGAUGCUUCACUGGACUUGAUGGACCAUACACAUAAUGUUUUAACAGCUGUAUCUGGUGGGAGCAGCUGGGAAAGAUUGCUGGGUAGUUUUAGGAAAACUGUCAAUUGUGAUGGUACUCAAAAGAACAUUUUGUUGUCAACAUUUGAGAUUCCGCUUGAUAUUAUAAUCGACAAGUGCUUACUGCAGGAAAUCAUGCUUCAAUACAAUUACGUCAGCAAGCUAGCCAUCAAUGUGCUUGAGGAAGUAUUUAAGUUGCGGGAGCAUCUCUUGGCACUACGGCGGUACCAUUUUAUGGAGUUAGCAGAUUGGGCAGAUUUGUUUAUCUUGUCUCUUUGGCAUCAUAAGUGGUCUGUUACCGAAGCUAAUGAGAGAGUUUCAGAAAUUCAAGGUCUUCUUGAGUUGUCUAUACAGAAGUCUUCUUGUGAACAAGACACUAACAAGGAUAGAUUGUUUGUGUACAUGAAAGGACAUGGAAAAUUGCCUCUUUCUGCAUCUGCAAUUGGGGUCCGUUCUUUUGAUUUCUUAGGACUGGGUUACCGUGUGGAUUGGCCACUCAGUAUUGUUUUAACACCUGCUACAUUGAAAAUAUAUGCUGAUAUAUUCAGCUUUUUGAUACAAGUGAAGCUUGCCAUUUUUUCAUUGACUGAUGUAUGGUGCUCAUUAAAGGAUUUAAUGCAUACAACCACUAAGAAUUUGAAUUCAGAGCUACACCAACGUGACAUAGGGCAUCUUAAUAUAUUGAUGAAGAUGAGGCACCAGAUCAGCCAUUUUGUAACUACUUUGCAGCAGUAUGUAGAGUCACAAUUAUCUCAUGUAUCAUGGUGCAGGUUUCUUCAUUCCCUUCAGCAUAAGGUGAAAGAUAUGAUGGAUCUUGAGUCAGUGCACAUGGAAUAUCUUGCUGAUUCCUUAUGCAUAUGUUUCCUGUCUGACGAAACAAAGGUAGUUGGCAGCAUUAUUGAGGGUAUUUUGCAAUGUGCACUCGAUUUCCGGUCUUGUCUUACAGUUGGUGCUUGGAAUGCUGGAUUUGAUCAGGAAGAUUUGUUAGGAAAACUUUCUAGAAUCAAUAUAUCCCAGGUGCUUUCUAUAAAGCAGAAGUUUGAUAGAAGUCUAAAAGAAUUGCAAAUAUGCUAUAUUAAGGAACCUAAACAUGGGAAUUUUGGGCUUUCUCGUUUCUGGGAUUAUCUAAACUAUAAUGAAUAUUAUUCAAGUGUCCGCAAUGAGAUGGGGUACUAUGUUGUCUGAAAUUUGUAGCUUUGACGAUGAAUGAUGGCAUAUUGCACGGUGAGGGCUAGGAAGUCAGCUUUGACAUGUCAACAUUGGUGUGGCCGGGUAUUCUUGACUGUAACAUAUUAGUUUAGAAGAACAAUUGAAUUUGCGGAAGAAGUGUCUCUGGGAAGUUUUGCUAAUUCAUGGAUGUUAGGAACAUCUUAACCGAUUGUAUCAUUGAUAACGGAAAAAAAAACCAACAAAAAAUAGGCGUUGUAUAUGUGUGUUUCCCAUGGAUUUGCUAACAGAAAUAGAGUUUAUGGAGAGUAUAGGUGAAUGUCUG